AUGAAUAUAAAUGUUUUUAAAGGAAAGAGAAAUUAUUUUACAGCUAUAGAUAGAAAAUUAAGAGAAGUACCUUAUUUAUCUCGUUACAUUAUUUUAGAAAAAUUUAAAAAAAAACCUCGUUAUAUGUCCGAAUGUGUUGGAACACCAAGAAGAGCAUACGGUUAUAAUACUUUUGAUAAAAUUAGAUAUAAAUCUACUUUUAAUCCAUACGUAAAAUUAAAUAAAGACAAAAAAUAUAGACUUGAUAAUUGGAAUUCUAGAAAUCAUGAAAUUUUUGACCCAUUAAAAUGUUAUGUAAGAGGUAGCCGAAAAAGUUACGAUAUUCCUUUUUCAAUUUUGCCUAAUAAAGAUGAAUUAGGAAAUUUUCAUCCUCCUGUAUUAUCAGGAAGAUAUAAAGCAGACAUUGAAAAACAGUAUUAUAUGCAUGAUUUGCCAUGGGUUUGGCACAAAAAUUUUUACACGGGAACAAAUCACUUUUGUGAUAAUAUGGUUGUUGGUAAAAAGAAGUGGUAUAGAAAAGAACAACAAAAAGAAAAAAUGAAAGAAUCAAUGAAAAAAAUCAAUGAUUUAGUACUUGAAUAUAGAGAAGAAUGCAAAAAUAAGAAGAGAUAUAACUUUUUAGAAAAUGUUGUGAAUACUUUAGGAGAAGAAAUUGCACAUAAAUAUAUAAGAAAAAUUAAAAAUGUCUAUUUAUAA